CUGCCAGCAGCGGUAGCAGGCUCGAGCCCCCGCCGUGCGGCGCGACUCGGAAUGGAGGCACCUGCACCUCGGGCGCCCGGCCUCCUGCCGGCCCCGGGAGCAAGCGCGCCGAACAGACCCCGCACCGCCGCCCCGCGGCCCGCAGAAGGCCUCGGCCCAGGCUCGGGAUCAGGAGCCGGUACAUGCCCUGGCCGCGUCCUCUGCGCACUGCAGGCCCGGCGGGACCCGGGACGUCCCGCCCCCAGCGCCGAGCGCCCGCAGGAUUGGUCGGGCCGUGACGUACGAGGAAGAGUCAUCCUUGCUCCCGUUUGCGCCAGGACGCACGACGACGUCACGGCGCCGCGCCCGCCUCCGGUCGGAGACGGGACUCCACGGAUCUGUUGGAGUGUUUUUCCCGCGGUGCACUGUGAAAAGGCCAAAUCCUGUAGCGCCAUGGCCGACGCGUUGGCGGCGGUCACGUUGCCGACGGUCGUGGAGGAGCUCCUGAACGAGAUGGCCGCGGCGGUGCAGGAGAGCGCGCGAAUUCCUGAUGAGCAUCUAUUAUCGCUAAAGUUUAUCUUUGGCUCCUCAGCCAUCCAGGCCUUGGACCUAGUUGAUCAACAAUCCGUCACCUUAAUCUCAUCGCCCAGUGGGAGGCAAGUUUACCAGGUACUUGGAAGUUCUGGUAAAACAUACAUAUGUUUGGCUUCUUGUCAUUAUUGUUCAUGUCCUGCAUUUGCCUUCUCAGUGCUACGGAAGAGUGACAGCCUACUGUGCAAGCAUCUCUUGGCAGUUUAUCUUAGUCAGGUUAUGAGGACCUGUCAGCAGCUAAGUGUCUCGGACAAGCAAUUGACUGAAAUAUUGAUGCAGAAGAAACAAAAAGCAUAAAAGGAUUCCACUUACUAGGAGUACCUGAUGCUGUGGCCUGGACAGGCAGGAGAACUCAUACAGUUUGCGGACAAAGUUAACUGAGAUCUUGCCUCAUCGUUGGAAACGAUCCCUAACCUUUUGUGCUCCCUCUGAGGGCGUCACUCAGCAGUGGGCAGCUCGGUGGUGGGACCUUUACUUCAGAAGACCUGCUGGGCUUAGCUGCUCACUGAAUUUUCUUGGCCAAUUAAUCCACCUAUUUUCAAACCCUUUCUGCUUCCCCACCUCAUUCAGGAAAGUGAAGCCAUUGCUUUAAAAAUGUUAUUCCUAGCCAUUGCCUCACCAGAGACGUGAGGAAUGCAAUUAGUCCCUGCAGGAUAAGAAGGCAGCUUCCUCAAGGUCAAGCACUUAGAAUUACAGGACUUUAGAUCCAUGAGGCAGCCUACUCAAAAGCCCUGCCUUAGUCCUUUGUUGUUUACAGGACUCACCUGUAUUGAAUUGAGUACAGCUGAAUACAGGCCAGUCCUGGGGGGUGAAUUAUAUUUGGGGUAAGCAAAUUCUCAUCAGUAAUGAUCAGUGUUGGA